AUGCGAAGACGCGAAUUCCUCGGGGGAGAAGAUGUCGGAACACACGCCCUUCGCAAGCCUAUCCGGGAUAUCGGCCAGAUGAUCGCGCUCAUCAGCCUCGGCCUCGAACAUCUUGCAGCAUCCUACAUCGCAGACGCCAGCCACUUCUUCGAGAUCCGUCUCGACUGGGCGUGGCCGAACCUGAAAUCGCUUGCUCUCACUGCAAAAGUACUCAUGCCUCAUGAAGACUCAAACGAGAUUGAAGCCCUACUACUGGCAGCGGCGGUAGCAGCUAAGGAUAUCCCCCAGUUAGAAACAAUGGAGAUUUGA